AACCCAGCUCACUGACUAGGUCACUAAAACAAAUUAUAAAUAGUUUAUUUUAAAUUAUAACAUUUUAUUUUAUGAUUGUGAGGAGAAAUAUUAAAUAGUUCAUUUAUAUUUUAUACAUAGUGUUUAAAUAAUAAUAAAUAGAGAAUAAAGUAAGUUUUGACUUGGUGGAGGUCGGAGGUUAGCUCCGCCCCCUUGCGUGUGUGUGAGAGCUGCCGGUGACGGAGAGUCACUUUGAUUAAUCAGCGCGAGCAGAUUGAACAACAUUAGACACUGUGAAACAGAAGUUUAGAUAAUCCAAACGAUCUAAAAAUCAUAUUGUUUCGGUGAUUGACUGAGAAAAGCCCUAAAGUUUCAGAUUUUAAGGAUAGGAAGCUGACAACAAGCAAUAGAAACGAGAGAAGUGCGAGCGGAGCAUAUUAAUGCGAUCGAGAGAAUAGAAAACUUAUAUUUGAUCGAAACACAUUCUUCUUUAUUCUCCCUGUUCAUCUUUAUCUUUCCUUGGCCGGGUUUUUUUGUGUGUGUGCGUGUGUUCCCCUUUCGUUUCUGCUACAAUAUCCCGAUCUGUCCCUGCCGUGGAUGCUUUCUCGGCGGUCCGGACAUGGCGAGCCGCUCUUUUGAAAGAUCGUGCCUGGAAGUAAAUUAAUCUGUUGCUCAUUGAACUGGUAGGACAAAACAUUCUUGCACUUUCACUGCGCUCAUAUUUUUGUUUUUAUUCAAUUUUGGAUUUUUUCUCUAUCUGGACUGAUUUUUUGGAUUUUUCACAUCGAACUGGAGCUAAAAGAACUUUUGAGUGUUGAACAUUGAACUUGGACUCUGAAUUACUACUUUUAUUCAAUCUUUUCCUUCGUUUUUUUUAUUUUUCUUCCUCAUUGUAUACGAUUUGUGAAACUGAAUUUGUCUGAAGUGAGAUUAUCAUCUGAAGUGUGGUGAUUUCAUUAUAUCUUUUAUUGUUUUAUUCUAGUAUUCACCAAACUGAACUGUUUUGACAUUUAUUUAUUUGUUUUAUUUUGUUUUCCUCCUCCAACUUGUUUAAACAAUAUACUUACCUCAGUUAUUCAACUUUAUUUUUGAGUCUGACUUAUUUGACUAUCUAAAACUGGUUGUUAUUUCUAUACACUCUUGCGAGCGAAUUAAAAUCUUCUGACAUCUGGUCCUAAUAAGAAAAUAGCAAAUACUGUAAAAAUAACACAAUAGAAAACGCAUCAAUAACACAUAGAUAAGGGUUACAGAAAAGUUGGCGAGCCAGCCAGGAGUGUAAAUAGCUAAAUUUCAACCGUUUUAAUUAUCAUUUAUUGCACUUUAGCAUUUAAAAUAAAUAGAAAUGGAAAUUGUCAAGCGUGAAAAUAUUGAGAUUCAGAAUUCUGUUAUUGUCAGUGGCUUAACACUCUCUGCUCUAGAUGAAGAGUUAGAAGAUUAUCUGAAAAGAUAUGGAUCAGUCAAACGUAGCUUGCUUAUUGAUAAUCCAGAAUCAGAAUAUCAUCAUAAUACAAUUGUGGAGUUCGACUGUGAUACUGCAAUGAGUAAUUUGGAGCCCUCUCUCCCUAUGGAUAUCCAAAGUACACAGGAUUCAAAUUCUGUCUUUCAUGUUCGCAGCCUAGGGAGCGUGUAUGCCUCUGCAGCCAGCAGCAGUCUAACUGAAGGUUACUUGGAGAGUCUGGUAGCCAUUGCCCAAGCCAGCGGAAAGCCUCUGCAGGAUGUUCUACAAAUGGAGCUGCAAAAGAUGAAUGCUUUGAAGCUUCCAGCAUCUGACUCCCCUAGACCUGAUACACCUGUGCAAAUGAUUCCAGAACCUGAAAACCCUGUCAAGGAAAGCACACCAGAUAAGUCACCCUACUAUUCUAUAAGCAACAAUGCUAGUACUGCAGACACCAUAUCCUUGAAUCUACCUACAAGUGCUCUGAAUCCCCCUGGCAUUCAACGAGUAGUCUUAGAACAUGUUGUGAAAACCAGUGAUGCCGUUUCUUCUUCAAAUGCUGCUUACCGUCUCAAAGCCUUCUCAGGAAGAAGCCCAAGACAGAACACUGAACCAGAUUUUGAAACUUGGAGGGCCAGCAUUGACUUUCUGAUUAAUGACCAGUCCCUUUCUGAUUCGCACAAAACCCGAAAAAUUCUUGACAGUCUGCUGCCCCCAGCCUCAGAUGUUGUCCGGCAUGUUGGUCCAGAUGUUUCACCAACCAAAUGCCUUGAACUUUUAGAAUCUGUGUAUGGCUCAGUGGAGGAUGCUGAUGAGCUGCUAGUGAAGUUUAUAAGCACUCUGCAGAACCAGGGAGAAAAACCGUCAGCCUACCUGCAUCGUCUUCAUGUAAUGUUAAGCGCUACAAUCCGACGAGGUGGUGUUACAGAGGCUGAACGCAAAGGCUAUCUUCUCAAACAAUUCUGUCGUGGCUGCUGGGACAACAAUUUGAUUUCAGAUCUGCAGCUGGAGCGAAGAAAAGCCGCACCCCCCUCUUUUGCUGAACUCAUCGUACUCAUCCGUACUGCAGAAGACAAACUGUUGUUAAAAGAAGAAAGAAUGAAAAAACAUCUUGGAAUAAAUAAGCAUGUUUCUGUUCCAGUCAAGUUCCGAACAGCCACUCACCAACAGUCUGUCUAUUAUGCUGAUGCAAUUGAUGAGCCCAGAGUUGAGAACAAUCAUGAGAGUCUGAGGCAGAAGUCAGCUAAGCCUAAAAGUAAGUCUGAUCAGUCUGAAUUGGAUGCACUAAAGAAAGAAGUCGCAAAGCUGCAGGCCAAGAUUUCUUCAAUGAUGGCUGACCCUAUCAGAGAAAAUAAAAAGAAAGCUUCCUCUGAUGCCAAUGAAUUUAAUCAACUGAAGAAACAAGUUGCUGAACUACAGGCUCAUCUUGUACCAGUAGUGCAAGGGAGAUGUUUUGAGAAAUCUCCAGCUUCUAAAAAUUUCCCUGUGAGACACAGACCCAAUGUAAUGGGACCAGAGAUGCAUAAAGAGGAAAGACCCACCUGGAACUCUACCAAUAGACCUCGUCCUGGUUACUGCUUUCAGUGUGGAGAAGAUGGUCAUCUAGCAGUCCACUGCAAAAAUGCUCCAAACCCCCAAAGAGUUGAAGAAAAGCGCCGUGAGCUGAGGGACAGACAAGCUGCAUGGGAUCUACAGAAUUCUUUAAACUGAGAUCAGUCUCAGUUGUGGGGCGAACAGAGACUGGAGGAAACA